UGGAGCACGUUGACAGAUCUUUGUUAGCUAGCUAGCAAGCUAAUGAACUGGCGUGUCUUUUUAGUUCUCUUCAUGCACAGCGCUUCGGAUCAGUUUUCUUGUGACCUGUUAUCCCAGCUACCUGCAACAGCGCCGUAAAUAUGUCAGUCACGGAAAUGUUCAGCAACAUUCAGGGUUUCUUGAGUGCCGAUCAAGAUGUCAGAGAGGACAUAAGGAAAGUCGUCCAAGUGUUGGAGCAGACCGCAAGAGAGAUUUUGACUGUGCUGCAAAGUGUUCACCAACCGUCAGGCUUCAAAGACAUUCCUAGCAAAUGCCUCAGAGCACGGGAAUUGUUUUGUACGGUAAGAAAUCAGAUUGGAGACCUGAAGACCAAGUUCCCAGCUGAUCAGUACUACAGGUUUCACGAACACUGGAGGUUCGUUCUGCAGCGUGUGACAUUUCUGGCAGCAUUCGUAGUCUACCUGGAGAGCGAGACUUUAGUUACACGAGAGGAAGUGGCUCAGAUACUUGGCAUUGAAGUGGACAGAGAAAGAGGCUUUCACCUGGAUAUAGAGGAUUACCUGGCUGGUGUUCUGAUCAUGGCCAGUGAGCUGUCCAGGCUGGCGGUGAACAGCGUGACGGCGGGCGACUACGGCCGGCCCUUGCGUAUCUCCACCUUCAUCAACGAGCUGGACUCGGGCUUCCGCCUGCUCAACCUCAAGAACGACCCGCUCCGCAAGCGCUACGACGGACUCAAGUAUGAUGUCAAGAAGAUCGAGGAGGUGGUCUAUGACCUGUCCAUCCGAGGUCUCGCCAAGGAGCCGGAGAUCGGCGGGGACAAGUAGAAGCUAGUGCUGCCCUUUUUGGCCUGGACACUUUCACCAGGCUGGGACAGUUGAGACUGACCUGCUGCCUGGGCAGACGUGCCUGUGUAAAGACCACCGGGGGAGCGUACUGUCUGUCUGCUGUGUGGGAGGACUGUGGAGGCCCAUAGUGUGAGGGCUAGCUGAAGCUCCUUUUUCAUGCCGUUGCCAGACCGUGUGAAGUGUUCACCUGUAUUCUUCUUCAACACCCCUUCACAUGUUUUUUUGUUGUUGUUGUAGCUGGAUUUAGUGAGUUUUGUAUUAGCUGUCAGAGCUGUGAAACAUCUGUGUAUACCCAUACUGUAAGGAGUUGACCUUAUGCUAUAUAGUUUUCACAUGUUUGGGCCCUUCUCACGCUUGUUUGAGUAUUCAUGCUGACCUGUUUGGUUCUAUUUGGUUCUCUUAAGGUAAUGUCAGCAACAGUGGAACUGUAUGCAGUAUAAGACACUUUUCUGAAUGUCUUCAGAGAAUGACAACUAAGUUGUCCUUUGUCCUGUGGUUAGAUGUGUGUGGUUAUAUGAGAUGAAUGGUUACCAAAUUUGUCAAUGAUUCAUGCAGUCAUGAAAACAGACAUGUCUCGUGCAAUGGUAUUUGCCAAAGCCAACCUGUAACAUUUUGGAAUGUUUUGUGAGGACUGAUUUAAACAAUUGUUGAUUUCUGAACAAAUGGCAAUGAUACUUAAACUUGCAACAGGGUUGUGUGAAGUAUUAGUUGCUUGGUCUUUCAAGCAAAGACAGCUGUCUUUUUUUCUGUGCUACUUCUUCUAAACUGCUCGUCAUUUUCCCUCUUCUUCACAAUGCGGUGUUUAGUAUACCACUAUAUGACACGAGACAUCAGUAAUUAUCAUGCAGUGUAAAGGGGUUUUCCUGAAUACAAACAAGGAAAAUAAGCAACUGUCCUUCCCUUUCUUCUGAAAGAUAACACUAUUGUUAUUUUUUAUCUGAGCGCUGUAAACUAUUGCUUAAGUGAGAACCCAUGUUACGUGUUUGUGUUAACCUGCUGUUCCAUGUCAGGUGACUGCCCUGCAUUUUGAUGACUGAAUGUUUUACUCAUUCUCAUUACCUCACAAAAAUUGGUCUGUUGACCAUUAAGAGUAAAGAGAGCUCCAAAGAAAGAACAUACCUCUUACAACAGACAGCAGGAGACAAUCCAAGGUCAUGGGUUUCAUUGUUUCUUUAGUUAUUUUUCAGUCUUAAGUUUCUUGUAAAGGACCUGCCAUGUGUCCUGUUUUUUUUUUUCAGUUAGUAUUCAGGUUUACAGAGCUGCUGUUCACUCAGUAUGGCUAGUGCAGAGCUGGAAUGGUAUCAAUAUAGACUCACUUUCUGUCUGUUUCUCACAAGCUAAACCAUUCCAUACAGAACUGUGUGAGGACAACAAUGUUUGAGCCAUCUGAGAAAUACUGUUGAUUUUAUUUCCUUGGAAAACUGUUCUGUGCCUGUCUGUAUUUCAUCAGUUUUUCAUCUGCUUAUCACAGAAUUGUAAUGGACAACUGGGUAUGUAUCUUUGCAGUGCUUCAAAAUGGUUCUAUUUCAAUGAAGCACAUAAAAAAACUCACUAUGCUGAGAAGCUGUUUCCCUCAUACAAAACAAUUGGCUCUUUUUUUUUCAGUCCUUAUGCAAAGUACAGAAACAAAGGGCUUUAGACGUGACAAUUGUUUUGGGUACCGUAACCAUCAAAAGACAUAAAAUAAUGUUCUUCAGUGCAUCUUUUUUACCUUUGCUGUCAGCAAUAAGAUAAUGUGUACUUUUGUUCUGGACUAGUUUAUUACAUUUUGUGUGAAUGGAAGUGUUAAAUAAAGAGAUU